AUGACUUCUUUACAACCCACCACUCAUCAAUAUGCAUCGUCGACAUCAACAUCAACCCCGUUUCAUAUAUUACCCUCAUGUCGUUUCAACGGAGAGCAGCAGCAACAACAACAACAGUACCAACCCGCCUCGAGCAACGUGAACGCUUCAGCUUCCUCGAUCCGUCAGUCGAGCAUGACCUCCAAUGCUGCUCAUGAUUGGAAUACCGUAUUUCACCACACAGCAGGAAAAUUGGCAUAUGCUAAUGGAUCAGCUGCAACAGCAACCAUGACAACGACGAGCAACAGCACUUCAACGACAACAUUGACUGGAUCGUCCACAAUGCUUCCAUUGCAUACGGACCCUGAAAUGUACGCUCUUCGAAGCAAGUAUACUUUGAGCUCGAGUCACGAUACAGCAACAGCAGCAACAGCAGCAGCAACGACGACGACGACGGCCAAGACGACGACGAGCACCAGCGAGCCGGAAAUGGCUUCUUAUCACCUCGGUGGUAGCAGCUCGAGCCUCCCUACCGUGACUGUGAAGCAGACACAGCAUGUGAAUAACCGUCUUGCUUAUGUCGAAGCUCUUGUUGAUACGAAUGCCCAUGUCAUUGAGACGAUUUGGUCCUCUUCAUCGUCCCACAACAAAUCAGCCGUCGUACCACUGCGCACGUUUAUCCAGGAAGUCUUGAAACGCUCGCGGACCACCUACUCGACACUGCAAACCGCCUUGUUCUACCUGUUCCGCGCACGUCCUUCGAUCGUGACCCAGCUCUACGAACGUGCUGUGGACCAACGCGGCCAUCCGUACUGGCAAGACGCCUACAUUAGCUGCGGCCGACGCAUGUUUUUGGCCAGUCUGGUGAUCGCCUCCAAGUUUGUCCAAGACAAGACCUACCGCAACUCUGCCUGGGCCAAGAUUGCCGGCCUGCCCGUGUCCGAAAUCAAUGCGGCCGAGCGUAUCUUUUUAGAUCUGAUUGACUACCGACUCUACAUUGCUCAGCCCACCUUUGAGCAGUGGCAUCAUUUGUUGCAUUUGCACGUCGAGUCUCGAGCAUUAAAUCGACCUAUUCCCUUGCUACAUGAUCUUUCGUGUUUGCCUACAGGAAUCCUGUCGCCAUCCUCUUCCUCCUCCUCCUCCUCGUCGACGACGACACCUUCAACAACAACAACAACAACGCCGUCGUCUUCGUCAUCCCUGACUUCGUUGCUGUCUCUGUCAACUACGCAACACCAGUAUCAUCAGCAGCAUCCGAGUCAUUGUCAACUGCCAUCGCCGCAGAGUCCUACGGAUCUCACUACGUUGCCUGCAUUGAAUACUAGCACGAGCAGUAGUAGCAGCGGUGCUAGCAGCAGUGGUUGCUGCGGUCAGUAUCACCAUCUUCAUCGCCAUCACAGCUACUACUACAACCAUCACCCUCACGAACAACAACACCAACAACAGCAGCAAUACCAACAGCCAACAACAACGACAAGACGGAAACGACGGUUACGAGAAACGUCGAUUGACGAGAACAACUAUAAUGCUAGACGGUAUUCGGUCUUGUCAUCGCCUCGAUCGUGUUCACCUAGCUCGAACAAUGGCAGCCAGAACAACAACAACAGCAACAACGCAGGAACGACGCACAAUGGGUAUUCGCCCUCUGUGGCCAUCAACAACAGCACUGGCCCACCUCCAGUGCUGUCGCUUUCGUUGCCCAGUUCUAGCUCAUCAUCACCGAUGCAUACACCUACUCAGAUUUCGCCGGCUAUGCUGUCAGCCAUGUUCGUGGCAUGA